GUCAGGAUGUGGCGCGGAAGUACGGCGUUCUGCCAUGCCGACGUUCCUCGUCAUGAAAUCCGGCUCAGUAGUCGACGCCAUCCGCGGCGCCAACCCUUCCGCCCUCACAGCCGCCGUACGCAAAGCCGCAAAUGACGCCGGAGCCAAAUCGAGCGCCGCUUUUCAGUCGAAGGGAUAUACACUGGGAUCUUCAUCACAACCAAGCAGGCCCGUCAACGAAUCGCCUUUUGCGGGAUUGUAACGCAUGAUGUCGGGCAACGGCGGCCUAGGAGAUAUCGCGGUUCGGUUCGUAGCGCUGUACGUCAUCAGCCUGCUGUCGUUCGAUGGAUACCGCGCCGCCGAGGAGAGCCCCUUCAGCGUGCGAGCGAGAAGGUGAAGUGCGAUACAAAGUGGACUGGUGCAUGGAGUUACAAGGCAUCUGGGUUUCGGUAUCAGCGGCAUUACCGGAGGCGUACGUGGCAUAGGAUAUA